UGGAAAACACCUUAUGUAAGAAAAGCGUUAAAAGAGCUCUAAAUGUUCUUUAGAAUGAAAAUUUAUUAGUGAAAAUAAUAUUUCCAAUGAGAUUCUAUAACUUACCAUUGAGAGAAUAGUCAUCGUUUUUCUCCUCCAAUUUAAAACGUCUACAAACAAUAUAGAAAGUAUGAAUAGUUAACGGAUAUAUAUUCCUGCAGAUAUGGCACAAUCGUUUGAAAAAUUAGGAAACUAUAAAGAAAAAAUGACAAGAAAUGAUGAUCAAAAUAAUCUCGAAGAUGAUGAAGGUGGUGAAUGGCAAAAAGUAACAAACGAAAGACGAAAGAACAUUUCAUCACAGGUUGUGCACCUGCAACAUUCGAUUAAGUUACCUGAUAGUUUUCACGAUUAUAACUGGAAGUUGGCCUGUAAGAAAUGUUUUGUAAGAACUAAACCAGGAAGUGGAGGCGUUAAAUUUUAUGAAAACAUGGAGCACGACUGUAGCAGAGCCUUCUUAAUAGUCAGAAGAAAGGGAUGUAAUGGAGAAUGGUACAAAAUAAGACCUAAUCUUUUCUUGGAUCAUAAAGGAUCGUAUUUAAUUUGCAAGCAUUAUGAGAAUAAAAAAGAAUGUAUAGUGGGAGAAAAUGAAUGCACUUUUGCUCACUCGCAUGUUGAGAUUUUUUUUUGGAAUCAAGAACGAAAAGGCCUUUUAAGAAUUCAGGAUGUACUUCGUGAUGUCAAACGAUAUUAUAACGGUCAGCCACUACCUUCCUUAAAACUGCAAGAUGAAACGGACAAUGAGAAAAACUACGUCCCAGGAUUCGUUACGCCACAAUCAAAGACAUCAUUUAAUGGUUCCACCUUUGUUCAACAAGACAGAAAAAACCCUGAAAAUCUAUCUCAAGAGAUUUGUGGCCCAAUUUCGUUCCCUUUGGAGCCAACGUCACUUUUUCGAAUAGGUUGUGAAUCAUGCUCUAUUCUGUUAAAUAAUUCUCACAGAUGUAAUCAAAAUGUCUUAUAUGUAAUUGACAAGAAGGAUGCUAAAGAACAAAACACUUUAUCUUUGAGAUGGAUAGCUAUUAGGGAACGAAAAGACAAUGGACAAUUUAAUGGCCGAUAUGUAUUAUGCCACGAAGCUACUGGACAAGGCGUUUGUAGUGUAGGAAUAGAAAGAUGUAGCUUUGCACAUUCUCGAGCAGAAAGAGAAUUAUGGAGUUUUGAAAAGCAAGGCGAAUUCGAUAUUAACAAAUUUAUCAUUCAACAAUCAGAAGGAUUUCGAAGGAAAUUACCAAAUUUCGAAAGGAAAAGUAGUAAUAUACCAAUUUUACCCAUACAAUCGCCAAGAUCUCUUCCUACCCCUAUUGGUGAUGGAAGAACAUUACAAGUUGCCAAAGUUCUUAAGGAAUAUCCUGGAAAAUUCGCUCUUCUUUGCGCAUUGUGCUUAAAAUCUAAUAUAAUAAGUUCCCAAAGCGAGCUAGAUCAUCUAUAUUGUCAUAAUAAACAUAAUUGGAAUUCUAAUAUUGUUUUAGGUCAUCUGAUGCAAGAUAGUCAUUGCUUAACAGUCAUACGAAAUUUACCUAAUCAAGUGAAAAUUAAUCACAAAGUAGGCAUGUGUGAAAGUUACAUGUAUAGUACAACCUGCCAGUUAGAUAUAGCCCAAAAAAUGUAUGUGUUUAACGUACCAUGUCCUUAUGGUUUCGAUUGUCAAAUGGCUCACUCAGAGUUAGAAAAGAAAAUUUGGAUUUUAAUGUUGAGCAACGAAGGAAUUAAUUUUAAUGAAUUUAUUAAAAUAUCACUAAACAGUACAAAAGAAGUAGAAAGUGAUAAUGAUAAAAUAGUCACAGAAUGCCUUCGAAGAUCCGAUCGUCAUUGUAUUUACUAUUUAAAAAGCGUAUCUGAUUUACUUUCUCAUGUUAAAGUUCUUAAGAACGACUGUGGAAAGUUGAUUUUAAAUAGUAAUGUUAAAGAGGACUUUCAAUUUAUUAACGAUCAAAAAGAAAACGAAAGAGUUCUUAAUAACAGCGAAGAUUAUCCUAUGGUACAAGAUAUUCCCUGUGAAAACGACAGGGGGAUAUCAGCGAUAAUAGAUAUGGAUCAAUUUGGAUCGAUUCGGGCGAUUCCUUUUGAUGAUUCUUUUUCCAUUUUGAAGAUAAAUAAUCCUAAAAGGUUGAGGAAUAUAGGAGAUAUUGCAAAAGUAAAAAAAUUAGAAGAAGAUCGUUGCGAAGUCAUUAGUAUUAUUAAAGGCUAUAGAACUGCUAAUCUUCCCACAUAUGUCUGUCAGUUAUCGAAGGAUAAUCAAUUUGCUAUGGCUCAACCAUUUAAAGUACCUGGAAUACGAUUACUUCAACUUGACAAAUAUAUAAAUUCACCUAGCGAGGUGGCUGUUUUCGAUAUAAUGAUAUCGGGUAAAAUAUUUUUUAAAGAAUACGUUCCUUGGCAAAAGAAUAUGUUAUUUUACGUCAGAUGUGUGGGCUUUUUUGAGAAAGACGAUAUUAGUAAUUAUAUUGGAAUUGUAGUGGGAACUUUAAAAUCACCUGAAACAACUUCUGAUCAGUUAAAUUUACUAGAUGAGUUAUUCUUCAUAAAUUACAAUUUACAAUCUCAGCCAAAAUUUCAAAUUGAUAAAGAUAGCAAGGCUGUAGUUGGUUAUAGUUCCCUUGAUGGGCAAUUAGCCAUUUCUUUUAGGGAAUUUGCUUCAGAUUACUCUUUAACUUUACACGUGCCAGACGUUUCUUUGUGUAUACCCCCUCAUUCGGAAUUAGAUGUCUAUGCUAGGACUUUAUUUAUGACGGCCGAGAAUCGCUACAUUGUACCUAGGAAUUUAGUUGAAGAAUAUUUUACUUUUACAAAUGGCAAACGGAUUUUCUGCUUCAGCUUUGAGUUUAUAAUAGAUCACAAAACAUUUGAAAUUAUAAGAAUGGACGUUGAUAAGAAAACAGUUUGUUGUAUUGAUACCAUCUGCGAGUCUAUUGCUCCAGAGUAUUAUAAAAUUGCAGAUCAUUGGAGAUUUAACCGCCUGGGAAAUUCUGUAAUAAAUCAAAGACGAAAUUUACUUGUUGAAGAAUUGGAGAUUGCCGUAAAUAUUUAUGUCUUAAAAAUGGGUAAAAAUAUUCCACGUCUUAUUCAACCAAGGUCUAGUGACAAUGAGCGGUUACGACAUACAUUUUCAAAUUUGUUACCCCAUUGUAUUGUUUUAAAACGCUCUUUGUUACCUCAAGGACUGGUUUGUCGGUGUGAAUCAAUUUGUAAAUGCUUGGGAAAUAAUCGGGAAAAAAUGGAUAUUGUUUAUGUAGAAAGGCAAGCUUGGAAGAAAACUUUUCAACGUAACGACUUUUUACUGACAGAUAUAAUGAACAUUGAAAAUAUCCCAACUUCUUGUUACGCUUACUGUCAAUUUGCAAAGACUGCUGUUCCACAAUUUUACAUUUCGGGUGACAAUACUAUUACUUGGAAUGAAAAAUAUGGAGUAAAUAAUAUUACAAGUUGUACGAGGCCAUGUAGUAAUUAUUUUGACGUUUGCGUUCAAAGAAUUUUUAAUAAUGCUGAUAAUUCUUUGAACUUUGAAGAAUUAUGUAGCGCAGCGACUAGCUCACUUAUAAAUUUGAAAACAUAUAAAUUUUGUAGGGAAAGAUUUCGAUCUCCAAAUAAUUCUGUCUUAGCAUCAGCAACUAUCGUUAGAUUGGAUAAUAAUGGUUUAGUAUUCUAUGUUCAUAAACAAGAAUACUAUAUUGAACUAGAUCAUCUUGGAGUGUUAGAUAUGACAGAAAUAGCAGUCGGAAGACGUCUAUUAAAGUGGAAUAAACGUGUGUUCGAUUUCAAAUCCCAGAGGCUAAAGCCUCGAGCAGGAAAUUUACUUGAGAUAAAUCCAAUUUUGAAUAUGGUUAUUUUACCAGGUAAUUUAUACUGGAAGUUAAUAUAUUCGAUUGUUGGUAGAGGAGAGGACAGAGGAAAAGUCAUGAAUGUCCUCUCUGAGGCUAAAGCUGCUGUUGCGAAAUACGAUGAACGUGCUCGUACAGUAUCCGUUGACGAUGUUGUAGUGGAUGGAGAGGAUUGUUCUGAUCCAAUUAGCUUUAGUGCGGUAAUACUAUCAGGAUCUGUUUUUACCGUCCAGUUAAGAUUUACUGAAUCUUUCUUACCCGAUUUAAAGAUACAACUUGUUAAAAUAACACCAUCUAUUCAUGUAUGCAUUGAACAUUUAUCAGCUCCUGGCUCAUGUUUUGUUGAAAAAAUUGAAUCUGAACCAAAAACUGGGACAAUAGAAUAUUUUUCAAAUAAAUUAUUGAAAUUUGUGGACGAGCUAGGAGCCAGAGAAGCAGUGACAAAGCGUUCUAGUAUUUCCGCUCUUGUCAGACGAAUUCCCGUCACUGUAAUUGGAAAAAAUGAGGCUAAAAUUACUGUACUAAAAAAAUGGUGUUUGGACCGUUGUCUGCCUAUAGUUUCGGCUAGUGACGUCAAACGAGAUGGUUAUGAUUUAGUUUGCAUAGUCAACGGUCUGUCAGUUUGUCAUGGAUUUGUCGACAACGUCAUGGAAGACGGGGAAUUGAUGACUGUUCAAUUUAAAGUAUCAAAUGGCCAUUUGGAUAGUGGCGUUUCCUGCAUAGAAUUUCUCUCUAGACCAGUUCGAGUAAGAGGGAUAAGAACUAGUUUGAAACUCUUACCUCGAACUGGUAAUAACUUCUUGAAUAGAUUAAUAAUGGGUGAAGAAAAAUACUCUACUUGCUGUCAUCCAGAUAUUCCACCAAUUAAUUCUUAUGUAAAUUUAGUAACGUCUGUAGAAGAGAGGUUAGCGUAUUUGAUUUUGAUAUUGUAUGAGUUAUCGUCCAACGGCAAAAAGAUUAUCUUCGCCACAGAAAAUGACAACAUCAUUUCAGAUAUAAUAAAGCAUCUCGGCUUAAUGAUUAACAUCAAGUCUAUCAGUAAUAAAAAUGAUGAAAUUGAAAGUAAACGCUCAAUAACAGUUGGUUUAGUAGAUGAUAUUAUGAUGUCCAACGAUUCUUUUGACUGUGUAAUAGCCUACGGUAUUUCAUCUCCCCUGGCUUUGCUGGCAGUUUUAUCCGUAACAAAUGCAACAGGACUAAUUAUUUUCGAAUCAUGCGAUCUUUCUAAUGCUGUUAGAAAGUUAAUGUCCUAUCUAUCCUAGAUAUUUAUACAAGCAUGUUUUUUGACAUGUACGAAUACUUUUUUAAUCUUUUAGAGAUAUUUUAAUUUUGAGCACCUUUUAACGUGUUCUAUACACUCCUAAACAAAUUUACAUUCGUACGGAUAUGGAUGUGUAAAUUUCAAAUUUGCUCCUUAAAGUUGGUUAACAAAAUUAAGUAAAUCAACGUUUAAUUUAGGAGUGAAUUUGAAAUAUUAUAAAUUAUAUUUUUAAUUAAAGACCCUAUAAAUAAUGAAAUUGUACUUAAUUGAAUCGUUACAGUCCUAAAAGUCAUUAUUAGUUUCGUAUUUUU